AAAACCAUCGAAAAGACAUCCUCUUCCGCAAAAACCACUUCGUUUCUUCGAGAUUCCUGGCAGCAAUGACCGUGCUGGCCUGCAUUCCUCUACCGCAACCAGUGCGCUCCCGACCUCCCCGGAGUUUUGGCCGCCGGGAGGUGUUCUUCGAUGGGGCUUCGUCCAUUUGUUCUCGAACAAUAGCCCUGCCAUGUUCCAAAGGGGAAGAAGCUUCUAUUCAGUCCCUAUCUCUUCAAAGUGGCCACUUUGGUGGUGUUUUGGGUGAAAAUGGGUCGGAGAAUGCUCUUGUUAGUACACGAAGGAUGUUUUUUACAAGCCCCGCGGUGUAUUUGUGCUUGCACUGUUCAAGGUACUCUUCAGCACUUGCACUGGAGGACCCCUCUGUCACAGUGGAAGAUGUGACACCCCCUGUUUUCGACUCUGGACCGCUCUUCCCCUCUGAGGAAAGGAUUGUAAAACUUUUUGCAAAGAACACCUACUCGGUUGUUAACAUCUUUGAUGUAACAUUACGCCCUCAACUUAAUGUUACUGGCCUUGUUGAGGUUCCCGAAGGAAAUGGUUCUGGUGUUGUGUGGGAUGCAAACGGACAUGUUGUGACCAACUACCAUGUGGUUGGCAAUGCUCUGUCAAGGAAUCCAAGCCCUGGUCAAGUUGUUGCACGGGUUAACAUCCUUGCUUCUGAAGGGGUCCAAAAGACAUUUGAAGGCAAGUUGAUAGGUGUGGAUCGUGCUAAGGACCUUGCUGUCUUGAAGGUGGAUGCUCCUUUGGAUCUUCUCAAGCCCAUUAAUGUUGGACAAUCCUCUGCUUUAAGGGUUGGUCAGCAAUGUUUAGCUAUUGGAAACCCCUUUGGUUUUGACCAUACUUUAACUGUUGGAGUAAUUAGUGGACUAAAUAGAGAUAUUUUUAGCCAAACUGGUGUAACAAUUGGAGGUGGUAUUCAAACUGAUGCAGCCAUCAAUCCAGGCAACAGUGGUGGACCUCUACUUGACUCAAAAGGAAACUUGAUUGGGAUUAACACAGCAAUAUUCACACGAACAGGAACAUCAGCAGGUGUAGGUUUUGCGAUUCCAUCUUCAACUGUCCUUAGAAUUGUACCUCAAUUAAUUAGUUUUGGCAAAGUGGUGCGUGCUGGUUUGAAUGUGGAGAUAGCUUCUGAUCUAAUUGCCAAUCAACUGAAUGUCCGGAAUGGAGCUCUUGUUCUGCAGGUUGUUGGCAACAGUUUAGCAGCCAAAGCAGGCUUACUUCCAACAACCAGAGGCUUAGCCGGAAACAUAGUUCUCGGAGAUAUUAUUGUUGCUGUUGAUGGGAAACCAGUUAAAAGUAAAGCCGAACUUUUUAAAACUUUAGAUGACUAUAGUGUCGGUGAAAAAAUUGUACUGAAGAUCCAGAGGGGCAGCGAAAUUUUGGAGUUGCCUCUCGUUUUGGAGGAGACCAGCUUGUGAUGAACGACAGCCUGAUAGUCCUUUUCUACGCAUGCUUUUCCAAGUUUCUCAGUAUUUGUUCUGAUUAAAUCAGCUGCAAGGUGAAUGACCAGUAAACAGAAUGUACGUAUAUGAGUUCAGUAAAUGUUUAGAUCAGCAUGCACAACAGCUUCGAUGUCAGGUGGAGUGAUGCUUUCUUGCUUGGCAAUGGAGAGCAUUGUGCUUGUCAAGUAUUCCUCUAGGACAUAGCCACUCUGUUUUCUCCUUGAAACAAAAUAAAGUUGCAGAAAUUAUGAAGAGGAACGUGCUCUUGGAACAAGUUGGAAAGCAUAUGAAAUUCUGACAAAAUUUCAAGCAUGUCUUAUUCCACAUUGAUCUUGUCCAUCAGUUUAGCCACAAAGAAUCUCCCAAAGCAACUUUGCUUUUCAGAAACAACAGAAAUUCUCAAAUCAGAAAGAAUGGCCAAAUCAUGAAAUUCUCUCAUCUUCCUUUUAUUCCUUCCUUUUGUUUUGGCCCUUCAUCUCCUUUAUCUUCCUCUCUUGAUGUGGCAUAUAUGUCCAUGUUACAUGUGCUUAUGAACAUUAGAUAGAAUGAUCCCCUGUUCUAACUAAAUAAUACGUGCUUGGAUAGAGAGCCAUGAAGAUAGCUGAAAGAGUGUCCUAAUGCAAGCAAAUUUACCAUGCUUUUAGAUGGUUAUGUAUAUAAUAACACAAUUGAAUGUGUUGGUCAAGUCACAAUAUGAGUUACCACCUUUGCCUAUUUCUUUGUUUCAAGCUUUUCAACCACAUGAAUUAGCAGGGAAGAAGGCAAGGCUUUUUCAUAACAUUUAUAUAUCCCAUUGAUGUUCAUGUUUUGAGGAAGUCGGCAAUGAAUUAUCAACAUCUACAUAACAUGGGUUGAAUGUUUAUGUUGAUGUUUCCAUUUA